UUCCAGAAAGAGGACAAAAAUGGAGGAAAUGAAAUACACCUAACACUGCAAUUUGCAAGAACUCAUCAAACAAGAGAGUGUAACUUCCAUAACAGAGCUAAAAUCUCAACUCCCAACACCAAUUUUGAACCUUUUUAUCUUUCAAUUUCUGUAAAUUAUGUGCUAAUUUUCUCAUAAUUUGAAAUGCCUUCAUCUCCUAAAUCUUUCAAUGCUUGGCCAUCUUCUUCUUCCUCCUCCAUCUACUCCCGCAGAUCGACGGUCCUGAUCCUCUGUUCUCUCAUCGGUGUGGCUGGGUUUAUGUUCGGUUUUAUUGCAAUUUCGAAGCAGGGUUUGGGGUCAAAUUGUAAAUAUGCUGAACGUCGAUCUGUUUCUGUUGUUUGGGAUAGAACUGGUAGUAAGGCAAGUGAAGAUACUGGUGGAGUUUCAGAUGAAGGGCAAAAGAGGCAUAAAGUCAUGGGCUUUGUUGGGAUCCAAACUGGGUUUGCUUCCACCGGUCGUCGCCGGUCGUUGAGGCAGACUUGGUUUCCUUCUGAUCAUCAAGGCCUUCAAAAGUUAGAAGAAGCUACUGGCUUGGCUUUUAAAUUUGUAAUUGGUAGAACAAGUGAUCAAUCCAAAAUGGCCGAGCUUAGAAAAGAGGUAGCACAAUAUGAUGAUUUUUUACUAUUAGACAUUGAAGAAAAGUACAGUAAGCUACCAUACAAAACCAUAGCUUUUUUUAAAGCUGCCUAUGCGCUUUAUGACUCUGAAUUUUAUGUUAAAGCUGAUGACGACAUAUAUUUGAGGCCAGAUCGCCUUUCACUGCUCUUGGCCAAAGAGCGCCCUCACUCCCAAACAUACCUUGGAUGCAUGAAAAAGGGUCCAGUUUUCACUGACCCCAAGCUCAAAUGGUAUGAACCACUUGGAUAUAUGCUCGGGAAGGAGUAUUUUCUCCAUGCUUAUGGUCCUAUUUAUGCUCUUUCUGCUGAUGUUGUUAUGAGCUUGGUUGCCCUCAGGAACAACAGUUUCCGAAUGUUUAGCAAUGAGGAUGUUACUAUUGGUUCCUGGAUGCUUGCGAUGAAUGUCAAUCAUGAGAAUAAUCAACACUUAUGUGAACCAGAGUGUACCCCUUCAUCCAUUGCUGUGUGGGACAUUCCCAAGUGUUCAGGGCUAUGUAAUCCUGAGAAGAAAAUGUUGGAACUUCAUACGAAAGAUGCCUGCUCAAAGAGUCCUACUCUGCCAUCAGAUGAGGAUGAUUAGAGCUCAUUGCUAUCAAGCACAGUAGGCUGACAGAUUAUUUACAGAUUGAUUCAUUCCUUUUGGUUAAUGAGCUCAGUCAACGUUGCUGCUGGAAACUUGCCUCCGCUAAAUGUCACGUGCAUUUUGUAAGUUACCUGUGUAACAGUAGUUCACGUCCAUUUUUGUACGUUACCCUGUUCAACAGUAGUUGAGGAAUAUGUUUUUUCCGGUUGUUUGUUGCAUUUAGAGAUCAGAGUUUUGUAGCAGUAGGAGAUUUAUGGGAGUAGUUUGUAGGAGCCAAGAGAUUACCUUAGUUCUCCUGUUGAGUACAUUACACAGUUGUAAUUUUGAGGUCCUAGAGCUGUUUAAGCACUGUUGAGGGAAAAUAUAGUAGUUCUAAUAUUCAUAUAUGAACAAUCCAAAGGUUUUUUUAGAAUUCA